CCGGCAGGCAGCGCGCGGUGCCGAGGCCAUUUGCUUUGGGCAGUGACCGGGGCGCACAGGCGGUUCCACGGCCGCGGGACAUGGCCUGCCACCCGCAGGAGAGCGUGGCGCUGACGGCACUGGAGCAGGCACUGGUCUCCAUCAUGCGGGUCUUCCACACCUACUCGGGCUGCCGUGGCCGGCUGCGCAAGGCGGAUCUCAAAGCCCUGGUCAACCGGGAGCUGCCCCAGUUCGUGCAGGAGAUCCGUGACCCCAACACCCUGGAGCGGCUCUUCAGGGACCUGGACGCGGACGGGGACAAGAGCAUUGACUUCCAGGAGUACACCACGCUCGUCGCCAUGGUGACCGCUGCCUGCCACACCUCCUUCCUCCAGGGCCAGUAGCCCAUGGGGGGGUGAACCCCCUGCCUCAUCCCCGGCUCAAGCUGAACCAUGGCCGCCUCCCCACCAUGUAAGGACUCUGGGGAAACUGAGGCACGGAGCUGGUGCUGGGAGACUCCUGGGCCCCAGGCCCCUUUGCUUUGACCACCCCACCCCUCUGCCACAGCCAGGGGUGGAAGCCAGGUGUCUGGGGUCCCAGGCCCCCCUCCUCUAAACUCCCCCGGAGACCCCAUGUCCCACCCCAAGCUGGAGGCAACCCAG